ACGUUACUUCAGACGUGGAGACGCGCCUGGGCAGCUGAUACCGUCUCCCGUGACCGUCUUUAUUGUACCGUGUGUGUCGAACUCCAUAGGCCAAUGCCUAACUGUCAUGGACAGAUUCUACAUUUAUUUCUGGAUGGUAUCGGAGCACAAACCCGGACUCUCUGAAGACGACUGACAGACGAUUGAGGAAAAAUUCUCAGGUCAUGGAUUUCCCAGGGCAUUUUGAGCAGAUCUUCCAGCAGUUGAAUUACCAGCGACUGCAUGGACAGCUUUGCGACUGUGUGAUCAUGGUCGGUAGUCGUCAUUUCAAGGCCCACCGCGCCGUGCUCUCCGCCUGCAGUACUCAUUUCCGAGCCUUGUUUACUGCCGCGGAGGGAGACGCCAGUACAAGGAUGAUCCACCUGGACUCAGAAGUGGUGACGGCUGAAGCGUUUGCUGCACUCAUGGACAUGAUGUACACGUCUACGCUGAUGCUAGGAGAGAGUAACGUGAUGGAUGUCUUGCUGGCGGCUUCUCACCUGCAUCUAAACGCUGUGGUGAAAGCCUGUAAGCACUACCUUACAACUCGCACUCUUCCCAUGUCUCCUCCGGCGGACCGCAGCGGUCAGCACCAUGCCGAGCAGCAGCAAGCGGCGGCGGCUGCGAACUCUCAUCUCCAGCGUUCGUUUCUGCUGCAACAGCUUGGCCUGAGCUUGGUCAGCUCUGCCCUGAGUGGCGCUGAAGACGGAGGAACGGGGACCGGGAGGAGGACGGGUUCAGCGUGCGGGAGCGGGUUGGUGGAUCAGCACGCAUCUCAGCCGGCGCGGCGUUUUCUGAAGCGCAAACAGCCCUUGUCCCUGAUCGGUUCGGAUCGCGUGAGGCCGCGUCUUUCAACACAGGUGGAGGGGAUGGUGGGGGAGUCGGAGGGGCGAGAGGGUGGAGAGGAGCUUCUGUCUCCAGAUUCCCAUAGUAAAAUGGUGGACGAGGUCGUCGCUGGGGUCAUUCCAGGGGAUGGAGGAUUACUAGAGCAAGACGAGUACCGAAGGGGACUGACCCAUGAAGACAUGCAGCUUCCCAGUCAGUCGGAUGGAGGGAGGGGAGCUGGACCGGAAAAAACGCUGCUGCUUCCACGCAAAGAGGAGUACCCGGAUGCGAGCCGUCACCAUGCUGAGGGGAUGAAGAUAAAGAACGGAGGCGAGGAAGAGGAGCAGCAGCAGCACAUGCAGGUCGUGGUGAAGAGCGAGCCACUGAGUUCACCCGAGGCUGCUGAUGAGACCAGUGAUGUUACAUCUCAAGCAGAGGGGAGUGACCAGGUGGAGCCAGUUGGAGAAAAAAUGGAGCUGAGUCCAGAGGGCAGUGAACGCAGCUACUCCGAUCCCCAGCCCAGCUCUGGGCUGCUGAUUAAAGGUCACAAGGGGUUAGGAGCAGCAGAAGACAGAGGAAGAGGUGAGGAGCUCUCCUGCAGUGAUGCCCUAGAGUCCUCCUCUGGACUGCACAUCUCCAGUUUCCUCAGCGCUAAAGCUUUUGUUGGCAGAGGGACAUCAUCUACCCUUGCUAACAGUGCAGACAAUGUUCCCAACACUACAACCGGAGAGUUUCAAGCAGACCACGACUCUGCUCGCUUCUUCCUCCCAACCGAUUCCAUCAACACUUCAUCCUCCUCUCUGCAGCUCCUUCCAGGCGAAGCGCAGGUCUGCUCUGACCUGCAGCCGGAGUCCCUUCUUCUGCGGCCGCUGCACGAUGGGAUAGCGUCAUCCUCUUCAUUAGCAGCGUCCCGUGGUGGAUCGGUGGACCAGCUUGCACUGGAGUUCCAGCGAAACAUUUUGGGAUUACAGACCUUCCCUCGUUCAUCCAGGGGUGGCGCCGGAGGAUGCCAAGCAUACAGGCGCAUCGCUCCCAAAGCUCCACCAGGAGGUGCUUCAGCACUUACAGACGGCCCUCAGCAGCUUGAUGCUGCCUCCUCGUCCUCUUCCUCCUCAGUGCUUCUUAACGGAGUAAACCUAAUGGAGAGUUCUGUUACUAUAGGUCAAAAUGUUGGCAGCUCCAACUUGAACCCGCUACCGCAGCUGACAAGAGCCUCUGCAGAUGUUCUGUCAAAAUGUAAGAAGGCACUGUCCGAGCACAACGUGCUAGUGGUUGAAGGUGCCAGGAAGUAUGCCUGCAAGAUCUGCUGUAAGACGUUCCUCACUCUGACUGACUGCAAGAAACACAUCCGAGUUCACACGGGAGAGCGCCCGUACGCCUGUCUGAAAUGCGGUAAACGCUUUAGUCAGUCCAGUCACUUGUACAAGCACUCAAAAACGACCUGCUUACGAUGGCAGAGCAGUGAUAUGUCUAACGCUCUGCUCUAAUUCAGCACUUGAAAGGCACUGAGUGGGCAGAUCUGUACACUGUAAUCUCACAUCCACCAUUAUAAUCACUUUUUGUAGGUGUUUCAUGGCUGUAGGAGCUUACAAUUGACAUGGCAUCGAUGGUACAAAUUACAGGGAUAGUUCUCACAGAAAAGUUCCAAACCUGUGUAACCUAAAAAAAGCAAAAAAAAAAAAAAAAAAAAACUUUUUACAUUUUUGUUUGGAUGGGGUUUUUUGUACAAUCAUCAAUGGGGUCCAAUGUUUUUUUUUUCCUUUUUUGAUAAAUGCAUUUGAAUUAUUCUUUUAUGUUCAUACAGGUUUGGAACAUAAAGGAGAGUAAAUGAUAAUAGAAUUUUAAUUUUUGGGUGGACUGUCACUUUGAGCUUCACUGUGAAAAGCUUUUAAAAGAACUGAGAUGGAGAGGUCUGCUUUAAGAGAUGUCAGACACAACCCGAGUAGCUCAAUCAUGUGUCCUGAUGAUAGAUGCUUGCUGUAGAUGUCAGAAUUGUAUUGUUACCUGUUGAAGUAUUUUAGCUUUUGUCUGUAUAUUCUGAGCAUCAAAAGAAGAUUCAUAAUUUUUAAUUUAGGUUGCAUCAUUAGGCCAGUGGUUCUCAACCACAGGUGGCCUCAGCAAACUUCAAGGAGAAUCCCAAUAAGUCUUACAAUUAUAUACAUUUAGUUAUAUUAAAAUUUUAAACAUUUAAAAGUCUGACUCGAAAGUCCAUUUCAAGGAAAGUCUGUGGUCAGCUAUUUUGGGCAUCUAUGUGCUGUUUACUUGAAUGGAGAAGAAAACCAUUUCUCCAGAAAACAAACAAAAAAACUUGGCAACAAAAUCUGACAUUAGCUGUCCCAUAAAUAUGUUUGUGAUGCUUGUGAUUUGCCUUGGAAUACAAGCUGUCUCUCUGGCAGCCAGAGAUUCUAUUUAGAAGGUGGGGAUUAUUCUGCCUUUUUUGCAUUGCACUUUUUCCCAUUUAUUGUAAUGAGUGCACCUUCUUGGUUUAUCUAAUGUUUGGGUGCAAAACUCAGUUUCUGAAUAAAGUUUUUCUAGUAUUA